AUGGAGAAACACUACACGGACUCACGAGCCAAAGCAGUCAGCACAGGGACCACCAUCCUGGCUGCUGUCUUUGAUGGGGGGGUCGUUAUUUGUUCAGAUUCCAGAGCUUCAAUUGGAGGAGAAUAUGUAUCUUCUAAGACCAUCAACAAGGUGAUUCAGGUCCACGACCGGAUCUUCUGCUGCAUGGCCGGUUCGCUGGCAGACGCUCAGGCCGUCAUCAAGACUGCAAAGUUCCACCUUUCUUUCCACAGUGUCCAGAUGGAGAGUCCUCCUCUGGUUAUCGCUGCAGCAUCAGUGCUGAAGGAGCUGUGUUAUCAAAACAAAGAAGAGCUGCAGGCUGGCUUCAUGGCAGCAGGCUGGGACAAGAAAAAGGGACCACAGGUGUACGUCGUAUCUCUGGGCGGGAUGCUGGUCAGUCAGUCUGUUACUAUCGGCGGCUCAGGCAGCACCUACAUCUACGGCUACGUCGACGCCAAAUACAAACCCAACAUGAGCAAAGAGGAGUGUCUACAGUUUGCAACCAAUGCUCUGGCUCUGGCCAUGGGGAGGGACAACGUCAGCGGGGGUGUGGCUCACCUGGUGGUCAUCACGGAAACAGGGGUGGAGCACGUGGUUGUACCUGGUGACAAACUGCCCCGGUUCCAUGACGAAUGA